AUGGAAACUCAGCCUGUAAACAUCUUGGAGCUUGCCAUCGUACCGAACGUGACCUCAAAAGUCCAGAGUUUCGCCCCAGCCCCGGAGCCUCAGCUGCCGGAAGAUCGACGCCAGGCAGCGCAGGAGAAACGGGCUCCUGUGCAUGUCCGACCUGCGGACAUGCCGGAGCAGCUUGUGCAGCAAGCUGAGUUGCAGUCGCAGCUUUUGGAGCAAAAGGAUGAUGAAGCAUGCGAUUUGGUAGAAGCUGUGGAUCUCAAGCGGGCGAACAUCGAGGCGCCGCCUGGCUUUAAGGGUGAGCGCUUGUCGUUCACAGCAACGGUCCCUGGCAGUGAUUCCCGUGCCACCAUUGAGUGGAAAGAUGGAAGUGUGUAUGUGAAGAAAUCCCGGGGACUGAAAGAUCCAGAGAUCAAGAUCGACAAGAAGGGGGGAUCCACUCUGAGCGUUCGCAAAUACGGCGGCUGGAUGGCUACGUGGAAGAUGGCCCAGAAGUGUGCUCGACCACUCUGA